AAAACCAACAAAACAACCCACUUUACACACUUCCACAAUUAUAAAUAUAUAUAACACCAACUUAAAGAUUCAUAUAUAAAAUGGCAAAAAAAUCAGUAAAAGAGCAAGCUUAUAAUGGGUUAGGAAGCCUAAUUAAACUAUUACCAACAGGAACAGUUUUUAUGUUCCAAUUUUUAAGCCCUGUGUUAAGCAACUAUGGGCAAUGCCACCCUAUAAACAAGUACUUAAUGGGCGCUUUGCUUGUCAUUUGUGGCUUUAAUUGUGCAUUUGCUACGUUUACUGAUAGCUACGUCGACGAUGAGGGUAACGUUCACUAUGGAAUUGCUACGUCCAAGGGCCUAUGGCCGUCGAAUCGUUCGAGCAGUAAGGCUGAUUUGUCCAAGUAUAAGCUGAGAGCUGCUGAUUUUGUGCAUGCUGUAAUGUCGGUUUUCGUGUUCGUUGUUGUGGCGGUUUUGGACAAGAAUACGGUUGAUUGCUACGCUCCGGCGUUGGAGAUUAGUAGGAAGACAAUGCUUAUGGUGUUGCCUCCGAUUGUAGGUGGUGUUUGUAGUGGUGUUUUUGCUAUGUUUCCUAGCACAAGGCAUGGUAUUGGGUACCCUUCUUCUAAUGAUGCUAGCUCCUAAUUUAAAACAUGUGUGUGUAUUUUUGGUUUUGCUCUUUAUCUAGUCUAGAAUUCUAAGUUUGCAAGUUGAAUGUUUGAUUUAUGUAAUUGAGUGAUGAGAGUUUAUUGUGGCAUUUGAUCGAUUAUUUCAUUUGCAUGAAAAAAAAAUAAAAGAAAUUGUAUGCGUUGAGAUUGGAUAAUAAAUUGUUGUAAUAAAAAAGAGUUUUAAUUUA